UGCUCAUUUACCAUUAACCGCACCACAGUAUAAAAGGCACACUUCCCUAUGCCCUAACUGGACUUAAUAAAUAAGUCCGCAGUUUUGUGCAUUUUUGAUUUAGUCGAAGUACGGUGGCAGAAUCCUGAUUCCCUGAGUAGUUAAUGCUACAACAUAUUAUUCUGCAGUGCAGGUAAAUCCGCUUCCCAUUAUUUUUUAUUCCGCGUGUGUUCUGGCUUCCCAUGCCUUUUAUCACGUUAUCCGCCCAAUCACUCUACAAAAUUUCUCUUUGAACUCUGUACUUUUACUAUAGCACUUUUACUACUUACUUUCGCACAUCCGUCAGUGCGACGGACAAAUUUAUUAAUACAUCAUUUCUUCGUUCAUUUAAUUUUUUUGUGGUACAAAGAAAAUGCCGAAUGCAACGCCUGGUGUUUAUCUGGUUUCCAAUCUAACCUUGUGGGAAAUCCACUUGCUUGAAUUUCAACAUCAGUGGCUACAGCAGUCCGCCUUGAACUAUUUCUACGUCGCAGUGAUGACAAUUUUUGCACUGCUGGGAACUCUUGCCAACAUGAUUGUCAUCAUUUCCUUACUCGUAGUUCCUGAGCUACAUAAAAUCGAAUAUGCCUUUGUGGGGAAUUUAGCGGCUGCUGAUAUGUUGGUUACCGGAGUUGUUAUUCCAGUGAACGUACUAGCAACCCUUCGUGGACCGACCAUGUUCCGUGAUCAUCCCUGGUUUUGUGAACUGGACGGUACCAUUUGUGCGUCAGCCUGUGCCGGAUCAAUCUGGUGCAUUAUGGCUAUCAGCGUAGAAAGGUAUAUUUGCAUCUGCCACUUUUCCGUGUACCAGAAGAUGUUUACCCCGCCCCGCGUCGCGGUGAUGAUAAUCUGCCUGUGGAUUAUCGCCCACAGCAUCCAUCUGCCUAAUUUCAUCGGCUGGGGCCACACGAGCUACUCCGGUGACCUUUACCUCUGUACCGCCGAACUCGGUCUGUGGUCAUACUCGGUCUUCUACGGAAUGAGCGCUAUCCUCGUUCCCAUCGGAAUUAGUUUCUAUGCGUAUUUGAAGAUCUAUCUGCGAGUGCGUCGCAGUCGUGCUGGACGCCGCCAUCUCACCGGCAAUAAAAGCACAACCAUGCCCAGCGCUAUCACCGGCACAGAUUCCGACCCGGUUACCAAUAAUCCAAAGACCCAGAUUGUUACCAAGGCGGCGGUCAGCAAUGUGCAGGAGGAGAUGAAACUGCUGAAGGCGCUCUUCAAGGUGUUUAUUAUGUUUUUGGCAUCCUGGUUGAUGAUUGGAAUCUUUUUCGUGGCGCGGGCUUGGGUGUACUUCCCCAAAUGGUAUUCCUACGUAGGACUGAUUCUGGCGCAUGGCAGCAGCGCCACGAAUUCCGUUGUUUACUUCUGGAUGACCGAUCUGAUGCAGACCACAAAGAACGGCUAUAUCCGCCUGUGGAAGCAGGUUCGACGAUCACGUACCCAACCGCAGUUGUUCUGAGUGGAGAAGGACGACAAGGAGCGAGAAACCUUUGUUUUUGGUCGAUUUAUAUUAUUCCGCUUAUUUUUAGAGUUAUUUGACGCACACCAGGCGGCAGGCAACCGAAAAUCGCAGCCAACAGUAAUAGGUUUAAGUGCUUACAGGGGCGCGUCUAAUUAUUGCGGAAGGCGCUAAACGUUAAGCAUGAAGGAUUUUGAGUUUUCACCGGGUACAGCGGGUUGAUAACCACGCAUUUGAUUACCCAUUGCUGUCCAAUAUUAAUCAAGUCGUAGCUUUUACAAAGGUUUGAAAAUGUAAUUAUCGUCCGAAAUGUACGAAGGGGAGUUCCCUCACAAACAGGAUAACAAAAAUGUUUUUCAGGGGUUUCUAUUUUCUAAGAUGGGAAAUACCCCGAAAGCCAGUGGCAUUUCCCCGUUCUAGUUAUUUCGGUUAGCUUUUAACGCGUGGGGCUAAAAAAUAUAUAUAUUAACAUUUAGUCUAUAAUAGUAUUGGGUCAGGUCAGCCACCGUGUCGGCUUGAAUGAUUUCUUUGUUAGAUAC